AUGUCAAUUAUAGGAGACUCUAUGUUUUUAUUGGAAGUGAUUAUUAAUAAAGUCUUAUUUACGGAUUUAAAUGAAGAAACUAAUACAUGUCCUUUAUGUGUCUGCUUCAAAUUUCCAUUGUUAACCGAUAUCAAUUUGUGUGAAGGAGACUUUUGCGGCGGUUCUUACAAAAAAUUUAGCAAAGGCGUUAUGAGUAUUUUUAGCAUUACAGCGCAAGAUCUGUGUAGUGUCGCACGUCAAUUUGGUGCAUCUAUUACUGUUUAUAGAUCAGUUACUGCUGAUAACACAGUACGAUUGGUAGCGUUAACCAAAGCAGACUUUGAUGAAUCAUUUAGUCAUCUUAUACAAAAUCCUAAUGACGCCAAAAAAUUUCGGGAGUCCAAACAGGAACUACCUUUAUUCGAAAAUGAAAGAAAUAAUAAAAUUGGGACUAUAGAUGUUAUUUUUCGAUUAACGUCAUUGGGAUCACUUUUAGUCACAGAGUACUAUAAAAAAUCAGUCGAUGAAAAUUACUUGUAUAAAGCAGGCGAUGAAUGCGUACCAGCUAUUCUACCUCCUAUAAAUGCGUGUCCCGUUAAAAAAAAACAUUGUCGACAUUGUAAAAGUAAAAAAACAAGCUCAAAAAAUCUCAAGUGUAGUGGAGGUUGUGAUAGAACUAUGAACAAAAUAAUGUGUGCUAUAACAACAAUGGAAAUGAUAAUGAAAAUGUUCAAGGCGGCAAAAGCGACACCGAAAAUUUUAGCGACAAAUAGUAAUAAGUUAGGAAAAAUUCCUCAAAAAAGUCCUAUAAAUACGGGACGGUGUUUAUUUGAUCCAGAAUGUAUUAUUUUUGACUGUCCGUUUAAAACUAAUGAACCAGAAGAAGCCAUGAUAAAUCGAAUAAUAACUAAUUGCAAUGACCAGCAAGUAAAUAACAAACAUGGUGGUAACCAUACAGUACGACAUUCAGAAUCAAACGCACACGCGCAACAUCCGAAAGUUUCAGAAAAAACUUCUGAAGUUAUAGAACCUGUGGUUGACGACGAGGAUUUAUUUGUAGUGUCUGUGGGGCGUGUAGAUCAUUGUCGUCUUAAAGUAACAAAGGAUGAUACUACACAAUACCAAGAAGGCGAUGUACCACUUGAAUGGCUUCAGGAAAUUACUAAUCAGGAAACCCCCAAAGAAAUUUCAAAGUCCAAUAAAUCCAAGGCAAAUAAAAAGACAAAAAAAAAGAAAAAAAAGUAGAAAUUCUUAAUAUCCAAACGAUAAAUUAUGUUCAAAAUCAAAGUGAUAAAUUAUUUUCUCAAAAUAAACUAUUAACUUUAAAUAUAUUUUUUUUUAAUUUAUAAAAAAUAAAAAUAAAUGAUAUAAAAUGAUUAUUUUAGCUUCGAUGCGAAACUGAGAAGGUAUUGGUUUUACUAAUAUGUGUAUUUUUUUUUGUGUCUAUAACCACUGUUUCUCAGCUCUCACCGAACCGAUUUUUUUCAAUGAUACGUCAAAAGAUCACAAAUCGUAUCUAGUCGAAGACAUUACCCCCAAAAAUUGAAAAAAAUUCUCUCGUUCCUUCCCGUAAAUGAGGGAAAUUUCCAAAAAAAUUACAAAUUUAAAAAUCGCUAAUUUUCGAAAAUUUCGAAAUCUUAUUACUUAAAACUGCCAUAACUAAUUCAAAGACGACCAAAUCAAUAUAAUUUUUUUAUAUAGAUGCAUGAUAUUAUUACCUUUCAUUUGGUAUAUUUUUUUUUUUAUAGUGACCCUUUACUUGCCCACAGGGGGGGAUUUAAAAUGACAACUUUUUCACA